AUGCGCAUCGCAGUCCUUACCUCUGGUGGCGAUAGUGCGGGAAUGAACGCAGCUGUUCGAGCCGUCGUGAAACAAGCAAUCGUCAGAGGAUGUGAGACGUACAUCGUUCGCGAAGGAUAUGAAGGACUCGUCCGCGGAAAUCUUGAAGCGAAUGACAAUGGCACGGCUAACGGGGCCAACAAUGAUCAAUCUGGUGUCUGUACUCCCCCAAGACCAGAAGAUCAAGGUGUCGAAGCGAACCUCCGCUUCGGUUACGGUGGUCUGCUUCGAGAUGGAGAAGGAGACUCGACGGAUCCAACAAGUGGCAAGUCUCUCAAGGGGCGAUACAUUGUUCGCGUCGGAUGGGACGAUGUUCGUGGAUGGAUGGGAGAGGGAGGUACGAUCAUUGGUACCGCCCGUUGCGCUGCUUUUCGUACCAUCGAAGGUCGCACGACGGCCGCUCACAAUCUCAUCAAAGAGGGAAUCAACGCACUCGUUGUUUGUGGAGGGGACGGCAGUCUGACCGGUGCAGAUAAACUACGCGCAGAAUGGCCGCAACUGGUCGCAGAUUUAUUGAGCAAAGGAUCCAUCACUGCCGAGCAGGCGGAGAUGUACAAGCAUCUUAUGAUUGUGGGACUAGUCGGGUCCAUCGAUAAUGACAUGGCUAUGACCGAUUUGACGAUUGGGGCACCCACAGCUCUCCACCGGAUUUGCGAGUCUAUGGACAAUAUCAGCUCCACUGCCAGCUCGCACUCUCGCGCGUUUGUGAUCGAAGUCAUGGGCAGGUACUGUGGUUGGCUCGCGUUGAUGGCUGGUGUGAGUGGUGGCGCCGAUUUUGUCUUUAUUCCAGAGUGCCCACCCACAGCGGAUAGCUGGGAGGAUGAAAUGUGUGCCGUCAUCAAGAGGCACCGUGAGAUGGGCAAGCGCAAGACGAUGGUCAUUGUCGCCGAGGGUGCCCACGACAAGAACCUGAACCCUAUCAAGCCAGACAAGGUCAAAGAUAUUCUCAGGGAGCGAUUGAGCCUUGAUACCCGAGUGACUACUCUUGGACAUACCCAAAGAGGUGGCCGUCCGUGCGCAUACGAUCGCGUCCUGCCCACUCUUCAAGGCGUCGAAGCUGUAAAUGCGCUGUUAGAGUCGACACCAGAAACCCCAUCAUAUAUGAUUGGCAUCCACGAGAACAAGAUUUCUCGAGUUCCCCUUGUCGAAGCAGUUCAACAGACACAAGCAGUGGCAACGGCAAUCAGCAACAAAGAUUUUGCAACAGCGACCAGGCUUCGAGAUCCAGAGUUCAAAGAAGCCUUUGAUGGGUUCCUCACUGUCUCAUCUCUUGACCCUGUGUAUAUCCUCCCGAAGGAAAAGCAUUUGCGGAUUGCCAUUAUGCAUAUCGGUGCGCCUGCUGGCGGAAUGAAUGCGGCUACGCGUGCGGCAGCUCGAUACUGCCUCGCCCAUGGUCAUACCCCUCUCGCGGUCCAAAACGGCUUUACUGGCCUCAUGGAUGAUGCAAUAUAUCCCCUGACAUGGCUCAAAGUUGACAGUUGGAUGACCCGUGGUGGCUCUGAGCUUGGGACCAACAGAAAUGUUCCGGGCGAGGAUAUUGGCAACAUUGCCUCCCAUCUGCAAAAGCACGACAUUGACGGCCUAUUCAUGAUUGGCGGUUUCGAGGCAUUUGAAGCGCUAUUAGAGCUAGAGGAAGGUCGAAAGUACUAUCCACAACUCCAUAUUCCAUUGGUCCACCUUCCGGCAACGCUGUCAAACAAUGUCCCAGUCACCGAGUUUAGCUUGGGAAGCGACACCAGUUUGAACGCUCUAGUAGAUGCGUGCGAUGCCAUCAGGCAGAGUGCCUCGGCGAGCCGAAACCGAGUCUUCGUUGUCGAAACACAGGGUGGCAUGUGCGGAUAUCUCGCGACGAUGGGUGCACUGGCGACUGGCGCUGUGAUUGUGUACACACCGGAAGUUGGCAUGAAUUUGCAUAUGUUGCGCAGCGACUCCAAAUUCCUGCAGAGGCGUUACGAGCUUGACGAGAAGGGCAAAGCCGAAGGUCGUCUGGUCAUCAAGAGCGAAAAGGCGUCCAAUGUGUUCUCAGUCGACGUCAUCACCAAGAUACUCAGGGAAGAAGGUGGAAAACUGUUCGAUGCUCGCUACGCCUCGCUCGGCCACACACUUCAGGGUGGUAUCCCCUCGCCCAUAGAUCGCGCACGCGCAGUGAGACUCUCUCUCAAGUGCAUGGCGUUCAUAGAAGAGCAUGCAUGGGCUCUACGUGACCAACCGGCCAAGGGUCGCAAGCCAAACCCAAAGAGCGCUGCGGUGAUCACAAUUACGGGCUCGAGCGUCAACCUUACACCGGUCAAGGAGAUGGUUGAACAUGCUGAUAUGAAGAACAGACGCGGAGUCGACCCGUGGUGGGCAGACUACAAGCAGCUAGCAGAGAUUUUGGGCAGUAAAAACUAUUUCGCGGGAAAGCUUGGACAAUAG